CCCUCCCACCUCCCCUUACUACGAGCGGAGGUGACGUCACGUGUCGGCUCGUGGUGCCCCAGUCAGUCCUGUGUGAAGCUCCGGUAUCUGGUGUAAACGCCGUUUCCCACCAUGGCCGCGCGCUGCGAGUACGUCACUGCCGAGCAGCUCAGCGGGUUCGACCGCUACAAGUACAGUGCUGUGGACACCAAUCCCCUCUCUCUGUAUGUUAUGCACCCAUUCUGGAACUUUAUAGUCAACUUUGUUCCCACAUGGCUGGCUCCCAAUUUAAUCACUUUCAGUGGUUUCUUGCUGCUGGUCUUCAAUUUCCUGAUGAUGGCGUACUUUGAUCCUGACUUCUAUGCGUCUGCACUAGGUCAUAACCAUGUCCCCAGCUGGGUGUGGAUAGUCGCUGGACUGCUUAACUUCACAGCAUACACACUAGAUGGAGUUGAUGGCAAGCAGGCUCGCAGAACAAACUCCAGCACUCCCCUGGGAGAACUGUUUGACCACGGACUGGACAGCUGGGCCUGCAUCUUCUUUGUAGUGACUGUGUACUCCAUCUUCGGGCGUGGGGAGUCAGGAGUCAGUGUCCUGGUACUUUAUCUUCUCCUGUGGGUGGUGCUGUUCUCCUUCAUCCUGUCACAUUGGGAGAAAUACAACACUGGAAUCCUUUUCCUGCCCUGGGGAUAUGACCUCAGCCAAGUGACCAUUUCACUGGUGUACCUGGUAACUGCAGUGGUGGGAGUGGAGGCCUGGUACAAGCCCGUUGUGUUUAACAUUUUGUAUCGUGACUUCUUCACUACCAUGAUAGUUGGUUGUGCAGUUACAGUCACUCUUCCUAUGAGCCUGUACAACGUUAUUAAAGCUUAUCGCAACAACACUUUGAAGCAUACAACGUUAUACGAGUCAAUGCUUCCAAUCAUCUCUCCCGUGCUGCUCUUCAUAUUGUCCGCAAUCUGGAUCUUUGCCUCUCCCACUAAAAUCCUGGAUGCCUACCCUCGUCUUUUCUACUACAUGGUGGGGACCACCUUUGCCAAUAUUACUUGUAAGCUGAUCGUAUGUCAGAUGAGUAAUACAAGAUGCCAACCCCUAACCUGGCUGCUCGUCCCCUUGACACUAGUGGUAGUUGUCGUGGUCUCGGGGUUCGCCAAUGAAACUGAAGCUCUCCUGCUAAUUCUACUGACAGUAGUAGUAACCAUGGCACACAUACACUACGGAGUAUCAGUGGUUAACCAGCUAAGUAAACACUUCAACAUCUUACCGUUUUCACUCAGAAAACCCAACACGGACUGACUAGAGGAGGAAGAGAAAAUCGGCUUGCAGUCUGCAGAAGUUGUGUAAGAAUCACCUUCUGGAACUUUGUCCAUCACCACCCAGAACAGCGUUGGCCCACUGGGUCUCUAGAAACCAACAGUCCGCAUUUCUUUUUCUUUUAACGGGCCGCUGGAGAACAUGACAGGACUGCUUAUUUGUAAAUAUUAGACCAAUUGAAUGUUCCCGGACCAGCCUGCCCCUUUCCCUUCAUCUCCAUUUAUGUUUGGAUUACUUUUUAAUUAUUUUUUUUACCUGCCCUUAUGCACAUGAGAUGUAACUGGAGUCAGGCUGUGUCUAAUAUCCAGGUGAAGGUCAUGGCACAGGAGCCAAAUGAGUGAGUCUUCAGCACAUUGUGAUGUUUGUAUCAUGCUAUAAUCAGGAGGUCUAUCUAUUUUUUUUUUCUUUUUUAUUAAUCAGGUCGUCUGAUCGUAUAGACACUUGUAUCAGAAACAAGACCUAGAAAGAAAGGUGGGCAUUAUGAGCGAAAGUGACAGGACAGCAG